CAGGUUCGACGGACCUAAUCGCCAUUCACAAAUUAUUGUCCGUGACGACCGGCACAUAUUCGUUUUUUUUUUCAAGUAAAGUAAAUGAAUAUUAAACGAGAAUGAGAGAGGAGGUUGAACAGUUGGACUGGAAAAAGGUUGCGAAGAGUGGACCAAACGCCUGCGGCCUGACGUCUACAAUCAUGCAUCGAUUGCGGUCAUACUGACCAGUUGCUUCCCAUUGACGUAACCUGAAUGUUCCUCUGAGUUCUUAUUCUUCCAUUCGCAGCAGCCUAUGGAAGGGGAUUGUUUGAUCUUUUGCUAGCGGGGAGAGAGAAAAUUGCAGAUCAAGGAGCAGUGGAAAGAAACAAGAAGAGAGGGGGGAGUGAUCCAGAAAUUGUACUCCUUUGCAGAGGAAUUUACAGAGUGCCAGUGGAGUCAAUAUCUAUCUUCUAAGCGCCACACUUGAUCACGACGAGUGUUCUUAAUUUUACAGUGUGCGAGAAAGAGAGAUUUUGAAUUGAGCGUGAAAGAUUUGUGUGUCGGGGGAGAGGGGGGAAGAGGGAGAUUGAGGAAAGAGGAGUGAGUGUAUGAGUGGGUUGAAGACACACAGAUCGUCUCCUUUUCUGGUUUACCUUGUGAACUCGCUCUUACUUAGAUCUUGAUAAAAGAGGAUCGAGACGGCCGGGGUGGCUACGGGAAGGCGAUUCCCUUCGGACACUGGCGCGUUCGCGGACUGGGUGGCCGCCUCGGCCGCCCCCGGCAGAGGAGACGACCUUCGCCUCGGAUUCAACGCCGGUGGUUCUGAGGGCGGAGCUGCUAGUUUAAUUUGGGCUGGCGGCGGGAGGCAGCCGCAAGACAGCAAUUACGGAGUACCUGCCGAGAUGGGGACGGUGGUGCUCGCCUCCGCAGCCUCCUUCCACCACCACCACCACCACCACCACCAUCUCGAGUCCCUUCAGUCCGUCCCGGCCGCCGCGCCGCUAAUACCGCCGCAGCACCUGCUGUCUAACCCUAACCCUAAUGCCCACUUCUCCAACUAUUCCAUACAUCCGAUGCUCGACUCGAGAGGGGUAAUCGCUGGCUGCGCCGAGGGAGGCGGGGUGUUCACUUGUCAGGACUGCGGCAACCAAGCCAAGAAAGACUGCACUCACCGGCGGUGUCGCACGUGCUGCAAGAGCCGCGGGUUCGAGUGCUCCACCCAUGUCAAGAGCACCUGGGUUCCCGCCUCCCGGCGCCGCGAGCGCCAGCUCGCUGCGGCCGCCUCCGCCCCCAAGAAGCCCCGCGUUAGCGCCUCUUCCUUCCACCAGCCCGCCGCCGCCUCCCACACCUCCACCUCCAACACCACCCCUCCGCGUAGCUUCGACACCACUUCCAGCCUCCAAAACGGCGGCGACGACGUGGGGGAAACCCUCCCGGUGAACGUGCGAUCGCCGGCUGUUUUCAAGUGCGUACGCGUAACCUCCAUGGACGACGACGGGGAGGACGAAUACGCCUACCACGCCGUGAUCAAGAUCGGCGGCCGCGUCUUCAAGGGCUUCCUGUUCGACCAAGGCUGCGACAACGACGCCUCGAUUCCAAAUAUGUCGGAGCUUCACCUGGGCAACAUAACGAGCACUGGCGGUGGUGCUUCCUCGCCAGCACUCCCCUGCAACAUAUUCGGAGGAAGUAGCGGCGGAUUGAUCGGAGAUGCCAACUACGACGGUAACCAUCUGUAGCUUCUCUAUAGUGUCUCAAUUACGUCCUCAUUCUAUUCUAGUUAAUUAGGUAGCUACUUGGUCAAGUAAGUUUUACUUGUUUCUUUGGAAAUAACUAUAUUUACUAACUGUGAUGAUUUGUUCAUGUAUUGUGUACUUAUCGUCAUCGAUCAUUUUUCACUUUCUUGAUGAGUAGAAUAUAAAUUCUAGUGUGUGUCGUUAUGUAAUCAUUGUAUAACACCGGUGCAAUGCAGCCUUGGUAGUAGCUAUCAACUUUGCUUUA